AAGGAUUUGAUAUGCUCAAGAUGACUGGAUCUAUGAGGGCUUAUUUCUUUCUCAUUUUAUUGUCUUUACUUGAUUUGAGCUAUGGAAUAAUGAAAAGAUCCUAUCGCUUUGCGAGUAGAGAAUCAGACAGCAUCCUAACGGGUCAUGUCGUCGAGGAAAAACUAAGCAUUUCUUUGUUAAAAUGCGCUUUGAUUUGCACAGACAAUAGCGAAUGUCUGUCAAUGAAUUAUCAUAAAUUAGAGCGAAAAUGUGAAAUCAACUCGGCUACAUCUGACCAGUAUCCACAAGAGCUGGUUAAAAAGGAGAACGUGGUUUAUUUGACUCGAAUAGGUGGACAGACUUCCACAACAACACAACCUACCACAACAGUUGCUGCGACAACUAAGCCGUCAACAACCACAGUCAUUUUAACUACACUAGCUACAACUACGGCCGCUACCACAUUACCCACAACGACAACUGCUGCCACAACUACACAGGCACCUACUACAGUCACGACAAAACAGCCUACAACUACUACAUUACCCACAACGACAACUGCUGCCACAACUACACAGGCAACAACUACAGUCACUACAACACAACCUACAACUACUACAUUACCCACAACGACAACUGCUGCCACAACUACACAGGCAACAACUACAGUCACUACAACACAACCUACAACUACUACAUUACCCUCAACGACAACUGCUGCAACAACUACACAGGCAACAACUACAGUCACUACAACACAACCUACAACUACUACAUUACCCACAACGACAACUGCUGCCACAACUACACAGGCUCCUACUACAGUCACUACAACCACCCAACCAACGACUACAGCCUCAACAACACAGCCAACAACAACUGCGGUCGAAUAUCCUACUGAUGUGGUAAUGCAAUCUCGUAGUAGCGGAAGUCUAGACUUUUCACGAUCAUGGAAGGAAUACGUGGCAGGUUUCUCAGAUGAAACAGAAUCGUGGAUUGGACUAGAGUAUGUCCAUCAGAUGACGUCAUCAAUCAAAUGCGGUCUUCUGAUAGAAUUAGUUCAUCCGAGCGGUUCUUAUUAUGCUACAUUCACUACAUUCCAAGUGGGUGGCGAUGAAACCAACUAUCAGAUUGAAAUCGGUGGUUAUGCUGGAACAGCAGGUGACCCAACUAUCACGCUCAAUGGCCUUCCCUUCUCAACUGAAGACAAUGACCUUUCAUCGACUAAUAAUCUAAUGGCAACUAUGAAAGGUGGUUGGUGGGUCAACGAUCAGGGAUACACCAAUCUCAAUGGUGUCUACCAAUCUUCGCUGGAAUCCCCUGGUAUAGGACAGGGUAUCUAUUGGAUAUUCAGUCCGGCCGGAACGAAAAUUUCCUAUGAGAAGAGUAGAAUGACCAUCAAGCAACUCAGCUCAUACCCUACCAAUACCGACCUGGCCCCUGCCAGAGAACCAGCAGGAGAUUCAGAUGCUUUAGCUGUCGAUUCAGAUGCUUUUGCGAGCUUGACUGGUAGAUAAUCGCUUCCAUAUUAAUAGGUUGACAGAGUUGUUGAUAUGCACGCUGGUUUUAAAAACACCCUGUUUUCCUGGCCAACCAUUUGUCAAAUUUAUACCGUAUGCAUAAUCAGGUUCAGGUAGUUUUUUAUUUCUAACUCUCACCGUCCAAAGUAGAGUAAUCCGUGAAAGGCAUAUACCCAUUUCAAGCAUUGGCAUAAUUACUAUUUGGGGGGCCAUGCAUAGGCCCUAAAAAGUACGAAGGACACCUCUGUUAACUUGAUCUUAAUAAGCACAUAAAACCAAACAAGCAUGUAUGGAAUUUAACAAUAUCUCAUAUAAAACUAUUGCAUAUAACUGUCUACUAUGGGAGGUAUGCUAAUGAGCAAGUCGACGAUGUCCAAGCACUGUAUUACUGUAUUUUCUGUACUUGAUUCAAUUACGUUUUUUUAAAAACAACAAUAUAGUGCCCUAUGUACUUUUAAUAUAAAAAUAACAUGUUUAGUCAGUACUGGCUUCCAACUUGGAACUUGUAGCGUUGUGGCCGAGUGGAUUAGUCUCCGGACUUUGAAACAGAGGGUCGUGGGUUCGAAUCCCAGCCAUGGCG